AAAACCCUAGAAGACCGAAGCCUUAACCCCCUCCUCCUAUCCAAGCUGAACUCACCUCUCUGCAACAAGCACACUGUUGUAUUAGCUGGAGAAAGAGAAAUGCCGCUGGGAGAGAGGAAGGGGGAUGAGAAGAAUGAUUCCAAGUACUGCGGCGUUGAGACGGACUUCGACAAUAACAUGCCGCAGCUUCUCGCCAGCAACAUCCGCGGUGGCUUCGACUUCCUUGUUGCUCCAUUGAUGGAGCCCAAUUAUAGACCCAGCUUAAGCGAAAAUUGUGAAUCUGGAUCAUAUGUUCUGCCUUGUGCUGGGUCAGACAUAGAGUUGAGCCCUUCACAAUGGAGCAGCCAUGUUGUCGGCAAAAUUAGCAAUUGGAUUGACUUGGAUUCAGUGGAUGAGAGACUUCGUAGGGAUUCUGAGAUUUCUUUGAAGCAAGAAAUAGCUUGGGCUUCUCAUCUAUCCUUGCAGGCAUGCCUCCUUCCUGCACCCAAAGGAGUAUCGUGUGUAAAUUAUGCCAGAUGUGUGAAUCAAAUUUUGCAGAAUCUAAACAACAUGCAGUUGUGGCUUAGGAUACCGUUGAAGAAGUCUCAUGAUAAUAUCCCUAAUGGAAAACCCAAUUCAAUGGAUGACGGAAAUGUUGAUUCCUGGGAGUUAUGGAAUGCGUUCCGGGUUCUUUGCGAACACCACAACCAGUUGUCAGUUGCACUGGAUGUAUCGCACUCAUUGCCAUCUGUGAAUUCCCUUCUGCGUUGGUUUGGCGAGUCUGUUAGAGCAGCCAUAGUUAACACUAGUGCUUUUCUAACAAAUGCACGUGGAUACCCAUGUCUCUCCAAACGGCACCAAAAAUUAUUAACCGGUUUUUUCCACCAUUCAGUUCAGAUAGUGGUUUCUGGACAACCAGUCCACUCUCUACCGUUGGGAAGUUCUGGCUCUGUAAAAACAGGUACACAGCAGCAUCCCCUAAGGGCAUACUUGGACUAUGUUGGAUAUCUUUAUCAAAACAUGGAUGCCCUUUCUGAGCAAGAACGUUUUGAGUUUGGCUAUAGAGAUUUCUUGCAGUCUCCUUUGCAGCCUCUUAUGGAUAACUUGGAGGCUCAAACAUAUGAGAUAUUUGAGAAGGACACUGUCAAGUAUGUUCAGUAUCAAAGAGCUGUUGCCAAUGCUUUGAUGGAUAGAGUUCCUGAUGAAAAGGCUUCUACAGUCACAACAGUAUUGAUGGUUGUAGGAGCUGGACGUGGACCUCUUGUCAGGGCUUCAUUACAGGCUGCUGAAGAAACUGGACGGAAGUUGAGAGUUUAUGCUGUAGAGAAAAAUCCAAAUGCAAUUGUUACUCUUCAUAGUUUAGUAAGGUUGGAAGGAUGGGAGGAAACUGUAACCAUUGUUUCAAGUGAUAUGCGUCGCUGGGAAGCUCCAGAGAAAGCUGAUAUUUUGGUUAGCGAAUUGCUUGGGUCUUUUGGCGACAACGAGCUUUCUCCUGAAUGUCUUGAUGGGGCAGAAAGAUUCCUUAAGCAAAAUGGGAUUUCUAUACCAUCAUCGUAUACUAGUUUUAUUCAACCAGUCACAACAUCUAAAUUGUACAAUGAUAUAAAAUCACAUAAAGAUGUAGUGCACUUUGAAACUGCAUAUGUUGUCAAACUACACCGUGUAGCUAGACUUGCUGCUCCACAGCCUGUUUUUACAUUUACUCAUCCAGAACAUUCAAUCAAGAAGGACAAUAGUAGGUACACGAGGCUUCAGUUUGAGAUACCCAUUGACACUGGAUCAGCAAUGGUGCAUGGAUUUGCGGGUUACUUUGAUGCUGUACUCUAUAAGGAUGUUCAUCUGGGCAUUGAACCUUCAACAGCAACACCUAACAUGUUUAGCUGGUUCCCAAUAUUCUUUCCAUUGAGGACUCCGGUAUGUGUGCAGCCUGGCAUCCCUCUGGAUUUUCAUAUGUGGCGAUGUUGCGGUUCUUCCAAGGUUUGGUAUGAGUGGUGUGUUACUUCUCCAAGUGCAUCUCCAAUGCACAACAGUAACGGCCGCUCCUAUUGGGUCGGUUUGUAGCCUCUGGCAGCAGCCGUGUGGAUGUUAUCAUCUUGAGCGUUUUCCCGGUGUGGCAAAAGAAAAAAACAGUUGUAUUCAAAGCCAUUGCGAUCGAGCGCCACCACCAGCAAGGCAUAUUGGCUCUCCAACCUUGCUUACGCAUUCCUCGUGUUCUACUGUAGUUGUAUCAAUGAUAAGUUUCAUUUCAUUUUACUUGUGGUUUUUUUGGGCAGGAUACUUCAAUUUUAGUGUUUUGAAUAAUUUUUGUGUGAUACAAAUUAACUUAAUAAACAGUAAUGUUUGUUGCUAUUGUUGGUGAUUUUAGUUAACCAAACUGAAAACAAAAAAAUGACCUUUCUUUUUUUACUCAAUAUACUGUUGGUAAGUUU